CAGGUCACUUUCAACAUGGAGAGUGGAGCAGGAAGGCACUGGACUGAGGAGGAGGUUAAAGCCUUGCUAAGCGUCUGGUCAGAAAAAAAUAUCAGAAAGCAACUCCAUGGGACCUUACGGAAUAAAGGGAUAUUUAUUUACAUUGCUAAAAGGCUGCAGGAAUUGGGGAUCUGCAGAGACUGGAAACAGUGUCGGGCAAAGUAUAAAAACCUGAAAUAUGAAUAUAGGACAGUUAAAUAUGCCCACAACUCAGGAGAUGCUACAAAGACUAUGAAGUUCUUCCAUGAGCUGGAUGCCAUAUUGCAACAUAAACCUGUCACCCACUUAACAGAGGAGGAGAACAGCAGGUGUUCAGCCAAUGACAUCAUAAAUGCCACCAAGGAGAACAAUGAAGGUGAAGUCUCGGUUACAUUGGAAGAAGAAGAAGAAGAAGACGAAGAAGCUUCUACCAAUCCACUGCUUUUUAUUUCCCAUUGCAGGCCUAUUGAACUAGGUAAUACAUAUCUGUGUCUUUCUCCCAUCCUACCUGAUGCAGGUAAUCCAACCACAGUAUUAGAUGCUUCCAAAAAUCUCCCCUUCAUUCCUUCUGUAGCAAACGAAGGAGGAAAGCAUUGGACUGUUAAUGAAGUAAGAGCUCUAAUACGUGUCUGGUCAGAAAAGAGCAUUCAGCAACAACUGGAAGGAACAGUGAGAAACAAACGGAUAUUUGAACAUGUUGCUGCUAGACUACAAAAAUUUGGCAUUGACCGGGACUGGAAGCAAUGCAGAACAAAAUAUAAAAAUCUAAAGCAUGAAUAUAAGAGUGUUAAAGAUGCCCAGUACUCAGGCAACACAAGCAAAACAAUGAAGUUUUUCAGAGAAUUGGAUGCUAUUUUGGGACACAAUGCAGAUAAAACAAGCAGAUGCCAUAAUGACUAUGGUGAGAAACCAACAGAAUGGACAAAGACCACAAUAGAAAAAAAAUUAAGAGGUGAAGAGGACUUUAUUAGUAACACUUCUGGAGACACUAAUACAAGGAAAAUACCAAAUGCAGUGAUACACUGCACAGCAGAGAAGGGUAUCUCUGGGCACUUGGGAAAACUCAAUUCCACACUAAGGAGGGAGCAUAUAAAAGAAGAAAUUAUUGAUUCAGUAAUUCAGGAAGACAACAAUUCCAUCAAUAUUAUUCCAGAGUUUUCACACAUAAAGCAAGAACCAAUUGACAUAGAUGAUGAUUCAGUCAGCACAAUCUCAGAGGAUAUACCUGGAUUCUCAGUGUAUAAACAGGCACCUGGGACAGACAAUCAGAUGACCUUGGACGAAGCCCAAAAUCACUUUCGAGUCAUUACAGUCAAUGACACAGGAGCAGGAAAGCACUGGUGUGACAAUGAAGUCAGAGCUCUGAUAAAUAUAUGGUCAGACGAGGAAAUACAACAAAUGCUUGAAGGAGCAACAAGGAAUAAAGAAAUAUUUGAGGAGAUUGCCCGAAGGCUAAUGAAAGUUGGGAUAGACAGAGACUGGAAACAGUGUCGUACAAAAUACAAGAACUUAAAAUACGAAUAUCGAGCGGUGCAGAAAGAAAACAACCAGCCUGGCAGCGCAAACAGGAAGAUGAGAUUUUAUGAUGAAAUCGACUGCAUUUUGAGGAAUCAGCCCUCAGAGGUGCUUACAGAUGUUAUCACAGACCCAAUACCACUGAGAGUCAAGAGGAAAAUGUCUGAAGAAGAACCCUCACCUGUUCAAUUUAAGAAAAGCAUUUCAGAGAAUACAACUGUGCAAUCACAAAGAUGUGUAUCUGAGGGCUUGCAGUCUGUUAUCAAAAACCGAACAUCAUUUUUUGAGAGAUUUUACAAGCAGGAAGAGAGGCUGGAUGUCAGAAGAAAACCACUGGAUGCUGCCCUUCCCCUCCUGCACCAGGCGUCCCGGACCUGCGCUCCCUUCGCCGCCAUGCCUCCGAUACAGUCAGAACUUAAACUGGGCAAAAAAAUAAAUGAAGGAAAAACAAAAGAAGUGUAUGAGUUGCUGAAUUACCCAGGAUGUGUUCUGCUGCAAUCAAAAGACCAAAUAACUGCUGGAAAUGCAGCUAGAAAGAACAUCAUGGAAGGGAAGGCUGCAAUCUCAAAUACAACAACAUCUUGUGUGUUCCAGUUGCUUCAAGAUUCUGGCAUCAAAACGGCUUUUGUGAGAAAACACAGCGAUACAGCAUUUAUGGCUGCUCACUGCGAAAUGAUUCCGAUUGAAUGGGUUUGCAGGAGAAUCGCCACUGGUUCUUUUCUGAAGAGAAACCCUGGUGUUGAAGAGGGCUACAAAUUUUAUCCACCUAAAAUCGAGCUGUUUUAUAAGGAUGAUGCAGCAAAUGAUCCACAGUGGUCUGAAGAGCAACUCAUUGAAGUUAAGUUGAAGCUUGCAGGCCUUGAAAUCGGACAAACGGAAGUAGAUAUCAUGGCACAGUCCACCCGAGCCAUUUUUGAAAUUCUUGAAAAAGCAUGGCAACCCCAGAAUUGUACGCUGGUGGAUUUGAAGGUUGAGUUUGGUGUUAAUGUAGCCACAAAAGAAAUUGUCCUUGCUGAUGUAAUUGAUAAUGAUUCUUGGAGGCUGUGGCCAUCUGGAGAUAGAAAACAACAAAAGGACAAACAGUCUUACCGUGACCUCAAAGAAGUGACGCCUGAAGCACUGCAAAUGGUGAAAAGAAACUUUGAAUGGGUGGCCGAAAGAGUGGAGCUGUUAUUGAAACCACAAACUCCACAAGGCAGGGUAGUUGUCCUCAUGGGUUCCACUUCUGACCUUGGUCACUGUGAAAAAAUUAAAAAGGCGUGUGGCAAUUAUGGUGUGUCUUGUGAAUUACGAGUGACCUCUGCUCACAAAGGACCAGAUGAAACACUGAGGAUCAAAGCUGAAUAUGAAGGGGAUGGGAUUCCCACAGUGUUUGUUGCAGUGGCUGGGAGAAGCAAUGGCUUGGGACCCGUGUUGUCCGGAAAUACUGCUUAUCCAGUUGUCAAUUGUCCUCCUCUCUCACCUGAUUGGGGUGCCCAGGAUAUAUGGUCAUCCUUGAGAAUGCCUACUGGUCUUGGCUGUUCCACAAUUCUUUCGCCUGAAGGGGCUGCUCAAUUUGCUGCUCAGAUUUUUGGGUUGAAUGACCACUGUGUAUGGGCCAAACUGCGAUCCUGCAUCCUGAAUACAUGGAUCUCCCUAAAACAGGCUGACAAAAAGAUGAGAGAAUAUACUUUAUAGAUGAAUUCUAAAAAACCAGUUUCAUUUCCACUUCCAGGCAUAUCAUUCCUAGUAUAAGUGCUAAUGGGAAACUGUUCCUAUUUUAUGAUAGUGUACAGGUGCCCUCUUGUGUUCUAAGCUAUUGUAGACAACUAAUCUUGUGUUUUCUACCAUAAUGUAACUUGAAAGCAGAGUUACGUGCAUUGAGGUAGAAUAGAUCUUACUGAUCUAUGACUGGUUAUUAAAGAGAAAUAUUACCUCUGUCUACUUGUAACCCCGUACAAAAUAUGCCCAUAUGGUGAUUCUAAAAUUUAUAUUAAAGCUAGCAGUGCCAUUAA